UGUCUUUCUCCUCCUCUUCUUCAACAAAGCUUGGAGCUUUUGAACAAGUCUUCUUCGAGUCCGCGUGAAAUCAAUCCCAACUGGUCUGAUCGUUCGCCAUGAACAUCUUCUCCAAGAAGCCCAACGCCAAAGAGGCGCUUCGGGUGAGCAAGAGAGAAAUGGCGAAUGCUACUAGAGGGAUAGAGAAGGAAAUUGGAGCGUUGCAAUUAGAAGAAAAAAAGCUUGUUGCAGAGAUAAAGAGAACUGCUAAAACAGGAAACGAGGCAGCAACUAAAAUACUGGCCAGGCAGCUAAUCAGGCUUAGGCAACAGAUUGCUAACUUACAAGGGAGUAGGGCUCAAAUGAGAGGAAUAGCAACUCAUACACAGGCAAUGCACGCCCAGUCAUCAGUUGCUGUUGGCAUGAAAGGUGCUAGCAAGGCAAUGUCAGCGAUGAAUAAGCAAAUGGCUCCUGCAAAUCAAGCAAAGGUUAUACGUGAAUUUCAGAAGCAGUCUGCACAAAUGGAUAUGACUACUGAAAUGAUGUCUGAUGCUAUAGAUGACGCCUUAGAUAGUGAUGAGGCAGAAGAUGAAACUGAAGAGCUGACAAACCAGGUGCUGGAUGAAAUUGGUGUCGAUGUUGCCUCACAGUUGUCAGCAGCUCCAAAAGGAAGAAUUGCGGCAAAGAACUCUGAGGGUGUUGGCAGUUCUGGCAUUGACGAGCUGGAGAAAAGAUUGGCAGCUCUCAGGACUCCAUGAGUUGAAGAUGUGAGGGCAGAAGAUUUUUUUUAUUCUGUUGUUCGCCGAAGAAUUUGAUAUUGGAUUUCUACAAUAUUGCUCAUUGUAAAUCGGUUGUUGUCGGUGUUCAACUUAGUACCUGUACAUAUGGAGAAGCUGAGAUUUUACACUCAAAUAACUUUUGAAGGGGAAGUAUGCUUAUAAAUUGCUUCUUACUUUUAUCCUUCU